GUUAUGUCGAAUGGUUUGUUUAUUUUCUGGUGAACAACUUUUUGAAAUAGAUUCAUAAUGAAUGAUAAUAAUAAUAUCGCUUUGUUUAUUGGGUUGUUAUUAGAAGAAAACCAUAACAGGAACUUUAUGAGAAUUGAAAGGAGAAGGUUGCGUGAUCAAAUGAAUCCUUUCGAAAUGCCGGAUGCUCAGUUUAUAAAAAUGUUUAGACUGAAGAAGCAGUGCACCAUAAACUUAAUAAAUGCUUUACAGCAAUUUUUACCCACAAAAAAUGCAAAUGCUAUUGCAUUACCCAAAAAAGUGUUGAUUACUCUCAACUUUUUGGCCACAGGGUCUUUCCAGAAUUCUGUAGGUUCCAAUACCUGGUUAUCAGCAAGUCAACCUUCAGUAAGUAGAGCGGUAAAUGAAAUUUGUUCUAUAAUUGCUGAGUAUUUAUUACCCACUUGGGUUCAGUUUCCUACUACUGAGGAGUCAAUUAGACUGGUCAAACAGGGAUUCUUCUUAAAAUAUGGGUUCAGAGGUGUUUUAGGAGCAGUAGAUGGAACUCAUGUGGAAAUUCUUGCACCUCCUGAAAAUGACAUUAAUCACCCCCCAUACGUUUAUCUUAACCGGAAAGGAAAACAUUCCAUCAAUGUUAUGCUGAUUUCAGAUGUUGAUUGCAGAAUAUUAGCCGUUAAUGCCCGUUUUCCUGGCUCUGUCCAUGAUUCUGCUGUUUGGCAAAUGAGCUCAAUAAGGAACCACUUACAGCUACAGCAUGAAGCAGGUCAUACAAAUAUGCUUUUAAUUGGUGAUAGUGGCUACCCUCUUGAGCCAUGGCUCUUUACUCCGAUUGCUAUUCCAAGAAACAGUCAGGAGGAAAUUUUCAAUAGAAAGUUGAGUUCCCUACCCAACACUAUUGAGAGAACAAACGGAAUUUUAAAAGGAAGAUUUAGAUGCAUUUCCAGAUUAAGAACUGUAAUGUAUCAUCCAACUCAGGCUGCAAAAAUUAUAUACUCAUGUUGUGUUUUACACAACAUUUGUAAAGCAGCCAAUAUGAUAGAUGAGGAUAUUGAAAUGAGAGAUGAGAAUGAUGAUCUUGUUGGUGGUGGCAAUGUUGAUGUUAGCAUACACCAGAGGGGGAUCGAAGCCAGAAACCAUUACAUAAGGAAUAUGUAA